CGCGCCCCGGGUGAUUCCAAGCGUGGCCUGGACCACCUGCUGCCGCCAGGGCUGGGCCGGCAGCAACACAUCGACCAGGCGUUGGGGCUGCCCUCGCCGUUCACCCAGCAGAGGCCCAUGGACGAUGACUUGCAUGUCGUGGCCGAGAUGAUGGUCGUCUUCGGCCCGCGUUCGCAGGUCUGGCGGGAGCGGCAGCGAGGCUCCCUGAGGCGCAUCAUGGACGCGAUGGAGCCCAUCAGGGCAUCCUUGCUGCCGCGGCGGUCCAGCACCUCUGUGGCGGUGGCCGCGGACGGAGACGUCGCUGGAAUCGCAUCCUUGACGGCGGCACUGCCAUGGCCCGGCCGAUCCCAGGCGGAAGGCUGUCUGAAUGGCUUCAAGGUCGUCGGCGAGAUCGAGUCUUCAAGAAUACUCCGAGGGGUGCGCCAGCCCAACCUGACAGGUAGCUACUACGGCCAGGCGGCCAUGGAUGAGGAGCUAACACAAGAAGGGAUCAGCAAGGGCUUCACCGAGCCUCUCGUCACUGCCCGGAGCCUCGACCGCAGGUUCGGGCCAGGGAACAGGCGGCCCAUCCACCGCUUCCUGAUCAGGCUGCCGGACGGGAAGACGAGUCUCAUCGACGAUUGCAAGCGGGGUGGCCAGAACCAGUGGUCGGCGCUCGCGGAGACUAUCUACACCAUCGGUGUCGACACUGUGCCAGCCAUGGUCUGCUUGCUCGUGCACAGGGCCAGGAAGCACUACCCAGAUGAGGGGUUACCCGAGUGGUUCCACCUGCGGCUGGGGACCGACGACCUCCCAGACGCCUUCCGCGGGUGCCCGAUCCACCCCUCCCAGCAAAACGCCGCGGUGGUGGCCGUGUGGUCGCCGAAGGGGCACACGUGGAUGUUCGGGGUCAUGCAGGGUUGCCCGUACGGGUUGGAGUCGGUGGUCGUCACCUCCAUUCGCUUCCCCCCCGUCAUCACGGCGGCGAUGCGCCGGAUGCUUGGCCUGAUGGCAGCGGCUUAUUUCGACGACAAUUUGCUCGUGGACUUCGAAUGCUCCGCCCGAGAUGCCAAGGGCCUGCUGCAGCAGACGUUUGCUGAG